AUGGCCCCCAAACCAAAAGCAAAACCCAAAGCAAAACCAUCCAAACGAUCCCCCCAUCCCACUCCACCAAGACAAGAAAAAGAAAAAGAAACCCCCGAACCCCCCUGCGAAUUCACCCACCCCUGCACAACCUCCACCUCUCCCUCAGGGAGUACCUCCGGCGGGACCCACCCCCGCAAACUAAUCUCCCACAUCUUCGGCCGCAACAAGACCGCCACGAAGCUCUUCCCGUCCCACGUCUGGGUCCACUACUGCCGCAAGCACUACCAGCGGGCGCGGUACCGGGCGCGCGCGUGGCCGUUUACGCAGUGCGAUCUCCUGCUUGAUAGUCUGGCGCGCAUGGAGGCUUGGGGCGGAGUGGAGAGUUUCGAGGUGGUGUUGAGGAGGAGGGAGGUUGAGAGGAUUUCUUCGCAGCAGUCCUCCGGGGUAGGUGUGGGUGUUGAGGGGGUGAGACUGAGGAAGGGGCGGCGCGCUGUUUCUAUCUCUGCUUCUGCGUGUGCUUCUGGGGACGAUGACGGGGAGUAUGGAGCCGAGGAGGAAGAGGAGGAAGAGGAGGAAGAGGAGUCAUCAGACGAUGGAAGGAAAAGAAGACAGAGACGCAAGCCGCGGAUCAAAGCGUGUCCUGUUCCCGAGUGGUUGCGCGCCGAGACCGGGGCCGGGAAGUCAUUCGCUGAGAUCCGGGCGAUUGUUGAGCGGAUCCGGGCGGAUUUGACGGAGCAGCAUCAGCGUCGCCAGAUGCAGAAGACAAAGAGCAAAGGUAAAGAGCAGGUGUUGUUUCCGGAUAUUGAGAUUCUGCCGACGUUUCGGGUGUGGGUUUUAGAGCAGGCUAAUGAGGAUGGGGAAGGCACAAGGAAGAAGUCGUCGAGGGUGAGUAGGAAGGGAGCGGUGCAGAAGGUACAAAGGUGA